AUGGAGGAAGAGAGCGACGUGUCCGAGGUGACGGCCUUCAUCCAGCGCAUCCGUCCGUCGGCCGAGGUGUACAUGGAGCGGCGGCGCGCGGUGGUCUACACCAUCGGCUACCCGGGGACCACGUCCCUCAUCGAUCUGCUGCGCGAGCUGGAGACGAACCAGAAGAAGCUGGGCAUCACGCGCAUCGGUGUCAACGCGGCCUCGCUCGAAGACGUCAUGCUCAGGGUCCACAGCGAGAAGUCAGAAUUCUUGAUGGAUGACGGCGCCCAUUCGACCAUGAGCAGGUUGGAUAUGCAAGGUAGGACGCAGGCCGUUGCCUCGACGCUGUUCAUCCGCCAAGUGGAUGCCCUGGCGCGAAAGAAGUUCGCCAGCGGGCGCCGCAUUCUGGGCAUGCACGUCAUCUUGGUGUCCAUACAGCUCGUCAUUGUGGGAUUCAUGGUCGCCUACGUCUCUUCCCACUACCCUUUCGUCCAGAUGCAUCGCCUGCACACGGUCGGCAACGCUCUCGAUACACUACGCGUAAUAUCGGUGUCCAAGGGGCGCGAUUUCUUUCUCUCGCUGGACUUCGACCGGCUGAGCCAGGAGAUGCACGCCGUAGUCCUCAAGGUGCGACUGAUGGUCGGCGCACUGCUGCCCGUGGCCAUGGCUCUGUCGAUUUCGAUGCGGGUAUUUCUGCCGCUGCAAGAGCGCAAGUCAGAAGCCAAGCACCUGCAGCUGAUGACGGGAUUGAGUCCGGCGCGCUACUGGACCAUCACUUUCCUCAUCGACAUGGUGUACCACGUGUUCACCACCCUGAUUCUGCUUACGCCCUUCUUCAUACCAACACGCAGCGACACCGUGUGUCAGACGUUCACCUACAUGGGGCCCUUCUUCUCGCUGAUCUUCAUGUUCGGCUGGUCGUUCGUGCCGAUUACCUACCUGACCAGCUUCAUGACGGACCAGAGGAUCGCCGGCUACGUCACGCUCGUGUUCAGCGCCUUCUUCUUCGGUUCGGUGACGAACAGCUACAUGGACAUGGUGGGGCCCAGCACGGUCUCGAAAUUCCGACCCUCGAGCUGGACCUCGGAAAUCUCCGAACUGCUGAUGGUGCCCCUGCGCCUGCUGCCCCAGUACGCGGUGGCCCACGGCGCCAGCGAGGUGCAGGCGUCCUUCUCGGAGCAUGCCGCGUGCUGCCGGCUGCACCGCGCGCUGCUGUGGUACAUCUGCACCGUGCCACUCGACAGCUACCCAGAGGCGCAGCGGCCAUUCGCCAGCCGAAUAAUGCACUGCUGCCAGGCCGACUGUCGCAAUGGUUCAGAAUGCGUCACCAUGGAGCCGCUUCGGUCAUCGUGGAACGUGCUGUCCUCGGGCUGGGACCUGCUUAUGAUGUUUCUGAGCGGGAUACUCUACUUGGCCGCAGCGGUGAGCUUGGAGAAGCACCUGGGCUUGCACCACUACUUGAAGCCCGAGCCGCACCUCAGGCACCACGUCCCAACCCAGCUGACCAACGUCGAAACGCGCCACCCGUCCGUCACCGAGGAAGCUGAGAUCGUCAAUAAGCUGAUCACAGGGCGGUUGCCGCUAGUGCAGGAAAAAACCGGAGACAACCCACACCACGUGACGGGACUGGUGGUCAGCGAGCUGUGCCUUAAGACGUGCGGCUUGGGUCCACUGUCGUUCCACGUGGAGCAGGGCGAGGUGUUUGGCAUCAUUGGCACGGAGGGGUCCGGCCGUUCAUCGCUCCUGGCGGCUAUCGCCGGCGAAGAGGCGCUCACCAAGGGCUCGCUGCUGUUCAACGGGGCCUCUUCGACCGUUAACAAGGCCGAGUACCAGCGGCAGAUUGGCUACUGUCCAAAGAAUAACCCGAUGGUAACGAGACUCACAAGCCACGAGAUGCUGCAGCUGAUUGCUCGGCUGCGUGGUCUGCCCAGCACCGCGAUCGAAGAAGAAGUGUCCUUCAUCGAGGGAAAAGUGGGACUCCGGAACGUACGCGACGAAAGGGUCGACAAACUCAGGCCAUGCGACAAGCGCAAGCUGUCCGUGGGGCUCGCUUUGGUGGGGAGCCCCAAGUUGGUCAUCCUCAACGAGUGCACGCGCGAAAUAGACCCGAUGUCGCGGGGACGCCUCUUCCGCUGCAUCGAGAAGAUGCACAGCUGCGCUCAAACGAGCAUGGUCUUCGCCUCACACUGCCUCCGCGAGUGUGACUCGUUCUGCGACCGGGUUGCUGUACUGGAGAGCGGCGAGUUCCAGGUGAUCGGCGAGACGAGCCUGCUGAAGGAGGGCUGCAAGCAGCGCUUCACCGUCACCGUGCGCCUUACGAAGGACAAGGUGCAGGAGGGAGACUACAUUAAGACCGUCAACCGCGUCAUGAAGGAGCAGUUCCCCUCUUCGCUCAUCUCUGACAUCCGGAUGGACAUGCUGCAGUACACCGUCAAGGACACGGCCAUCCCGUGGAGCGACGUGUUCGUGCGCAUGGAGAAGAUCAACGAUGAGCUCAACUUGGAGGACUACGUGGUGUGCGAGGCAUCGCUCGCCGACGUCUUCCUCGGCUUCUCGCACGAGCGCAAGGUGGUGGACUUCAGCGGCGCCGACAUGCGCAUCUACUCGGACUCCGAACCCAUCGAGGUGUUCUCCGACGUCCCCCCGACGCCGACGCUGCUCCGCCAGUGAAA